CCCCCAGACAGCUGGAUAGGUCCUCCCACCGGUGUCUGGCUAUUUAUACGAUUUGAAACGCUCCCGUGGGUCGUGAUAACGGGACAAAACCGGGAGAUACUGAGACACAUCACAGCGUGUGCCGGCUCUGGCCCAGGCAGCAGCCAUGCCUCUUCUGGAAGAGACCACUCCGCCACAAGAGCACCCACCCACUGUCCCCGUGGUCAUCAUAGGCAAUGGGCCAUCAGGUAUCUCUCUGUCCUACCUACUGAGUGGAUACAAGCCGUACUUAGACCCAGCAACUGUCCACCCAAACCCAAUACUAUACAGGAAACUUCAGGAGACCAAGCAUCUACCUAUUACUGAACAGGAUCUGGAAUAUCUGAGUGAAGGUCUUGAGGGGAGGUCAAGAAAUCCUGUGGCUGUGCUUUUUGACACACUGCUGCAUCCUAAUGCUGACUUUGGUUACAAAUUCCCUUCUGUCCUUCAGUGGAGGAGAGACAAGCAGCAACACAUCCCACAUCUGGUUCUGGGCAGGGGAACACCUGGGGGUGCUUGGCAUGCAAUGGAAGGCUCCAUGCUGACUAUUAGUCUUGGCAUCUGGAUGGAGCUCCCUGGGGUCAACUACAAAGACUUGACCAAUGGAAAACGCAGGGAUCUAACCAGUGACAGAGCUACCCCAGAGGAGAUCUCAUCCUAUUACUGUAACUAUGUGAAGCUAAAGGGUCUUCAAAAGAAUUUUGUUGACAACACCUAUGUGACCUCCAUCCAGAAACUUUGCCGGGGGCAUGAUGGAGAGGGUCUCAAAAAUGGGCACACUGAUCAAGGAGAUGGAGGGGUGGGAGAUGGAGCAAAUGAGGGCUUUGUGGGAAAUGGAGAGGUGUGUGUAAACAGUGGUGGAGGGGGGGCUCUCUGGGAAGUAAGGGGAUAUCAGCAGGUGCAGAACGACACUCAUGCCCCCUUCUGCCUCUUUGCUGAAAAUGUAGUCCUGGCCACUGGUGCUUCUGACUCACCAGUUCGACUGGGUGUAGAGGGAGAGGAUCUGCCUUUUGUAUUUCACAGUAUCUCAGACCUCGGCUUGGCAGUUAGCCAGAGAAAGCUGGAUAGGAAGUCUGAUCCUGUCCUUAUUGUAGGUGCUGGUUUAAGCGCUGCCGAUGCAGUUCUGUGUGCUUGCAACAGCAACAUUAGAGUGUUGCAUGUUUUUCGCAAGAGAGUCGAUGACUCAGACCUCAUCUUUAAGCAGCUCCCCAAGAUGCUGUACCCAGAGUACCACAAAGUCUACAACAUGAUGUGCUCUCAUGCCUACACAAACGUGGUUCCCUCUUCUGUUCCUAACAGACCCCAGGCAGUUAGUAUUGCCUCUUCAGUAUGUGCCAAGAUGUGCCCAAAGCCCCAACUUGCUGCAGGUAAUGUGGUUGGUAAUGCCAGUAUCAGCCUGUUUCCUGACUACACCAGUUUCCCUGAACACUGCGUGGUGUCCUUCCAGUCUGACAUGAAGUGUUUGCUGCAGGGGAACAAUGCCCUCAAGGCAUUCAAGAUCUCCAUGGCCCUGGUACUGAUUGGGACCAACCCAGACUUAUUUUUCUUGAAGGGGCAAGGCCAGUACCUGGGUCAAGAUCCAACAAGACCCAUCUCCUGCAAGCAAAAUCCAAUCGACAUUGAUCCCUACACUUUUGAGUGUACCAAGGAGCCAGGUCUGUUUGCCAUGGGCCCACUGGUGGGAGACAACUUUGUUCGCUUUUUGAAGGGUGGCGCUUUAGGCAUCACCUCCUGUCUGCUGAAGAGACUCAAGAAGAAAGGGAAGCUCAUCAGCAAUGGAGGAAAUAACUUCAUUUGAAAACACGAAGAAGAAAAGAGCAUGACAUGCUGAUCUUAGGGCACAGAUUUCAAACCCUUUUACUAUGAUGUAAAAGGUGAGGAGAAAGUUUUAAUACCUUUUCAUCAUUAAUGCAGUGUUUUCUCAUCAAAGCUAAAGCAUUUUUACAACUUUCUAAGACCAAAAAGACAAUGGUUGUACCUUAAUUCGUUUCUAACGAAACAAACGACAGCUUUCGAGUCUUGUCUGACUUCAUGUGAAGUCCCCAUAUGUCCAAGCUACUGUGUGCCAAUGUUUUCUGGUCUAUCUGUAACCUCAUGACUGAACAGGACCUUACU